CAGUACGUUGGAGGUUUUUCUCGUUUUUCAUGAUGAUCGGUUCAUCUUGGAAUUGUGACAGUAUUUUCGCGACAUUUAACAAUUUUCCAACAAACGCCAAUGAUUAUACGUUAAUUUAAAAUUAAUCAUUAUAGAUUAAAGUUUAUUAAAUUCACGUGAAUUCUAAUCUCAAUUCAAUAAUAUAUACGAAUGACGAGGUGAAAAUUUUUCGUGUGCUCAAUGAAUUGAUUCGCGGGGUGCCGAAAAGUGUGUAUGUAUGUAUACAUAUAUAUUGUAUAUAUAUAUAUAUUUUUCUUAUUCUAUAUUCUGUCGCAGUGAAUGAAAAAGAAGUGUUAAAAUUUUAAACCAAUUUGUAUCGUAAAUAUUGUGUGUGUGUAUAUGUGUGAAAUAGUUUAAAAAAGGAAGAAAACGAGAGGAAAAAAUAAAUAAAUUUCGUGACAUAAAAUUUUCGUUCUCAAAAGAAAAAGAAAAUAGGGAAAUUAUGAAAAAGAAAAGAUGAAAAUUGACAGUAAUGUUUAUUCGAACAGAUGUGAAAUUGUGUGUUUUUUUUUUUUUUUUUUUGAAUAUUUAAGUGGAGUUUAAAAAAAAAUUUUAAUAUAAAAGGAAAAAAAAGUGAAGUGAAUUAAAUUUCCAUGUAAAUGUUUUGAUAAAUAUUGAAUGUGGAGUGCGAUUUCGCGCCUUUUGGGCAAAGGAAAAAACGAAAAUACAAAUAUUAAUACUGAAGAACAAAAUUUAAACGAAGCUGUCGAUGUUUUCGAUAAAAUGGAACGAAAUAAAGGAUUUGGUGAAUCGCCAGCUGGAGGAGGUGAUUCUGGACAUCUUUCAGAAUCCUAUGAAUCACGUCAGGCCAAACAACGUGCCUCCGUAAAAUGGCUCUUAUCGAAAGCGUACAGCAAUAAUGUCCCAAUUAAACUCAGAGAGCCAUAUUAUCGGGAUCAUGAGGAUCAGGAACACCUAAAACCGCAAAUUGUUCAAGCACUUUCCAAUGCUGAACUUUAUUGCAUGGCAUUGGCCAGCAUUUAUUCGGAUCCAAAUUACAAUAAUCAAAAUCAUUCGGGCAUUCUUCAGGCUCUGGCUCGAAAAGGUGUUUUCGUGUCAGAGCCGAACAAUUCCCAAAUCACUGAGACGAUCCUCAUACAAAAUUCGCCGCUGAAAAUGUCGGCGCACAUGGCUGUGAUAGAAGGAUUAAUGAUCCUUUACGCUAAGGAAGUGGUGAUGGCCGAUCAAGUUGUAUCAGCGAUAAGACGAUUUGAUCCAAUGGCAAAUGUUGAUUUACCAAUUGAUCAUGAAAAAGGACUAUUACUUUGGAUAAGUCAUGCAUCGCAAGCAUUAAUAAGUAAAAUACAAUUUGAAGAUGGUGGCAGUGGUGGUACAGGUGCAGGUGCAGGUGAUAAAACAAGAUUACCCGAAUUGCCAACGGCUAAAGAUUUUCAAUCGCUUUGCGAUGGGGUUGGUCUUGCCGCUGUUGUUGCACUUUAUUGUCCCAAUGAAUUAAAUUGGAUGCAAAUACGUGUUUCAAAAAGGCCAUCAGUCGCUGAUGCACUACAUAAUUUAUCAUUGGUGCAUAAUUUUUGUUCGCGAUGUUUGCCGUAUCCUAUUUUUCACAUGCAACCAGAGGACGUCACCUAUAUGCGUGGGUCAAUGAAACAAAAUCUUGUCGUUUUUCUCGCGGAUAUGUAUAACGCAUUGGAACUUAAUUCAGCCGAAUGUGUACGAUAUCCUGGAAAAGAAAGAGCUCAUCAAUUUUUAGAUGCUUGUCCGCGCAAUAUUCACGGCGUAGCUCAUAAACGAAGUCUACCGCAGUCUGUCACUCCAAUUCCGGAUCUGAGAAGCAACCUCUCCGUAUCCGCGCCAGGUUUCACAGUUCCAAAACCAAUGACAGCAAUGACAGUGAAAAAAUCACAAUCAUUGCAACAAACCGCUGAGAGUCAUUCUUUCCAAGACAGAAGAACUGAGGAGAAUUUUGUUGUUCAUCGAAUGAAGGGCGUGCCAACAUUGAGUUCAGUUGUUGCUGAUGAAAAAAGUAUAAAUGCAAGAGCAGAAGCCGCCGGACGGCCUAGUAAUUGGGAAGAUCAACGACGAACUUCCUACGGUGGUAGACGCUCACGAAGAAAUAGUGUUUCCGAUGAUUCUCAGCUUACCAUAGAAAAUUUUGGCGGAUCACAGGACAAUAUUCACAAUUUUGGCAGAAAUCCAGAUAAAGAAAUGGGCGUUGUAACAAUGGGAAAAAGAAUUGUCGCCGAACCAACAUUACCGGCGCGUUCAAGCGUUCAAGAUGUUUACGCGAGUGGCGUGCAAUUAAUUUUAUCCGACAAUGGUUACAGUAAUGAUGAACAACAACAACAACAAAUAUCAUCAUCGCGUCUACGACGACAUCCAUCGAAUUCAAGUCUCGAUAAUUUUGCAUUAAAAAAUAAUCAACUAUUACAUUCAAAUAGUAGUAGUAGUGAAAAAAAUGAUUCUGAAUUGAUUAAUAAAAUGUCAACGUCACCGGUAACGGGAGCAGCAACAACAAUAACAACAACAACAACAUCAGGAGCAACAACAUUGGAUUCAAUGACAAAACUUGCGAGUUUUGCUAAUUUAAAUCGACAAACUUCAGAGAAGGGUAUUAAUUUUACAUACACGGAACAAGAGCGCGAUGAGGCAAUUGUUAAAUCAAAUUUGGCGAAUAAAAAACAUGGACAAACAAAUGGAAAUGGUUUUGGUGAAAAGAAAACAACAUUUGCAACAUUGCCAAAUACAACGACGUGGCAGCAGCAAAGUAAUCAACAAAAUCAACAGAGCGAAAGUCAUUCUGUCGAUGAUUCGAGUAAUAAUACAGUGAUGGCGUCACAAUUAAAUAACAUUAGACUGAAAUUAGAAGAGAAAAGGCGACACAUUGAAAAUGAAAAACGACGAAUGGAAAUUGUCAUGUCGAAACAGAGGCAAAAAGUUGGAAAAGCCGCUUUUCUUCAAGCCGUUACAAAGGGAAAAGUAAAAUCACCCGCUUCAUCAACAUCUGGAGGUGAUAGUCCUGUGGAUGUGGGUCCUCCCAAUCCCAUUAAUUCCGGAUCCAUCGGUGAUUCGCCAAUUAACGCUGAGAGUUGUUCGAUUUCCCAACAAAUUUCACAAGAUAAACCACAACGUCCCUUCUCACUUAAGGAAAUUAGCGAAGAUGUCAGAGAUGUGGAACACAAAUGGCUUGAACAAGAUGGAAGUGCACCUUUUGUGGAAACGCGACGUACGCCCGAUAUUGAAAAUAUGGAUCUCGAACAAUAUCAUCAAUCCAUUACACAAAUGAACACUAGUCUAAGUGAAAUUCAUUCGGAUAUUCAACGUCUUGCGAAUCAACAGAAUCAAAUUCAACAGCAGCAUUUAAUGACGCAACAUCAGCAACAAAUGCAACAACAACUUCAACAAUUGCAAAGUUUCAGUCAACAGCAUUUACAGAGUUUCAAUGUCCCGUCACCAAAUUCAAUGACAGCGAGAAUUCAAGAUCCUCAACAAUCGCAAUUUUAUCUUCACGAUCAGCCUCCGCCGCUGCCACAACAACAACAACAACAACAACAACUGCCAAGAAGAACAUGGGGUUCGCCAUUGCCGGCUCAAAGUCUCGCCAAUGAAAUGGCCGCCGUUAGUUUUCAAUCGCCAGUUGAUCCUCGUUUUAAUCCACAGUCAAUCGUUUAUCAACAAGAUCCACGCCUUUAUCAAGAUACAAGAUCGUGGGGUGUGCACCAUCUACCUCAACAAAAAGGAUUUGUCCUUCACGACACUAGCCAGGAGCAACGUUAUUUAAAUGGCGGUGAUCAUAGUCUUUGUAAUAAUCAAAUAAGUCAUCCAACUUCCGUUUAUCCAACGUCGUCGUCAUCGUCGUCGGUUUUUAAUCAAACGCCACCACCUUCUGCUAGUCCCCAGCAUCGAAACGCUGUUCAUCGAAUAAGUCAAUUGAUGAGCGAUAGUCCUGAAAUAAAAAGGCCCACAGUUCAUCAUCAUCAUCAUCAUGUACCAAUUACAUGCGAAAGUCCCACGGUUCAUAGUUCCGUUCCUGCACCGCCAGUUGACGAUAUGGAACCACAAAAUAUUUCCUUCAUCGGAAAUGAUGAGGACCUCUCGCAGGAUAUAAGAAAACACAUAACAUCCGGUAGUCGAACAUACAGGAUACCAUCGCCAACAAGGCCGUCAAUAUCGAGAAAUUCAUUUCAGCCACAUUCAUCGUUACGUGAAACAACACCAUCGCCAUCGACAUUGUCGCCUGAUAUUAAUGAAUUAAAUACAAGUGGAAUUAAUAUUGUUGAUAAUAGUGCUGAGAAAGGUUUUUAUAUUUCAUUUGACAAUGAUGCGCCAAAAAAGCCAAAACCAACAUUACGUCAAAAAAAGGCAUCACCAAAAAAAGAACGUAGCAUAUCUGCUUAUAUUGAAUCAACUGAUAAUCAUGAUUUUUCCACAACAACAAUUAUGCGUUCUGAAUCGCCAGCAAUUGAACGUCAACGACAACAGCAGGAUAAUUUACGUGAAACUGAAAAAGAAAAACAACGAUUGGCCGCUGAACGUGAAUAUGUGAGACAAGAAAUGAGAGAUCGUGAAUUACAAAGGGAAAUUGAUAAGGAGCAAAGGCAGAGGGAAAUGAGAAAUCGUGAAUUACAAUCUGAUCCAAGACAACAAUCACAAACAACAACGACAAGUGGUGUUGGUUUGGUUAUUGGAAAUCAAUUGGCGAAUCCCGAUCCUAAUUCCCUCGACGAAAUGGAGAGGAAAAAGGAGAAAAUAAUGCUUCUCUCGUUGCAACGAAGACAACAGCAAGAGGAAUUGAAGGAGCGAAAAGAAGCUGAAGCACAGGCGCGACGUGAACAGGAAAAUUUCAAAGAAGAAGAGAGAGCAAGGAAAAAAGAAGAAGAAAGACAAAGAAGAGCGGCAAUUUUGGAACAAUAUAAAUUGAAAAAAGCUAUUGAUGAGGCAGAGAGAGAAGGUAAAGUCAUUGAUAAAGAAAUAUUGAAUGCAAUAAAACCAACAAAAUUAAGGAAUAAAGUGACAACAAGUCGUCCACGUCCAAAAACAAUUCACGUUGACGCUGGCGCUGAAUUGGAUUCUGGUGCACUUACACCAAGUCGAGGGAAAAAGGGAUCUUCCUCGAAUCUCAGUACCGCGUCGCUGAUAUCCCCAACAAUGAGACGGGAUUAUUAUCGAGGCUCGCAGGACAGUCUCACAGCCGCUCAUCUCGACGAUCGACGAUCUGGUCCACUUUAUCGUGGAGGCAGUCUCAGGGUAUCUUCCGUAGAUUCGCCUGACGACGGUCGAGGAUCAUCGCCAAGUCGAAGUACCAAUCAAUUGGGACGUCGCGGUUCCUAUAAAACGUCACGAGAUACGCAGGAGCCUCAGCAACAGGUUAGAGGCAGGCCUAAAUACCCGACUUACCAAAACUUUAAGGGGAGAAAGUCGAAUUCCUUGAUGAAUUUGUGCGAUACGGACAGUGGUUUGGGUAGAGCAACGCCACCUAGAAGAGCACCAAGUCCAGGGAUGGGUAGCAUGAGGCAUUUGCCAUCGCCUUCCGGUCCUGGUUCACUUCCGCCUGGUCUCAUGACUAAACGAAGAGUCUUCGACGAUGGCAGUAGUGAUAUUAGUAGUACUCCCAGUUCCAUGAUGGAUUACAAUGGACCGCGUCUUUAUAAACAACCGGCGACAAAGUCGAAUCGCAAUAUAAUGUUGAAUGCAGUCGAGUAUUGUGUUUUUCCUGGCAUAGUGAAUCGUGACGCCAAAAGACGUGUCCUUGAUGAAAUUGCACGUUCAGAGAGUAAACAUUUUCUCAUUUUGUUUCGUGAUGCGGGAUGUCAAUUUCGUGCACUCUAUUCGUACUGCCCUGAUCGUGAUGAUAUCACGAAACUUUAUGGCACUGGACCAAAACAGGUCAUCGAUAAAAUGUUCGACAAAUUUUUCAAAUACAAUUCUGGGGGAAAAUGUUUCUCGCAAGUUCACACGAAACAUUUGACUGUAACCAUAGACGCCUUCACGAUACACAACAGCCUUUGGCAAGGGAAGAAAGUGAAUCUGCCAAAUAAAAAAGACAUGGCCCUCGUCAUAUAGUUUUUAGGUAAUUGUCAUUAUUAUUAACGAAAAAAAAAAAACAAAAACAAAAGAGAAAAAAAAUACGCUACUGUGCCCUCUGUUGUUCAUAGUUACUAUUUUAAUACAGGCCCAUAUUAAAAUUAAAAAAAAAUCUAUAUUAGCGCCGUUUAUUAGUCAGUUUUUUAUAUAUAAAAAAAAAGAAAAACCGAACGGUGUUGACUUUCACUUUUCAGAACAAAAAAAAGGCGCUUUAAUUUUAAGCUAUCGUUACCUCAAUUUUGUUACGUUUUCAAUUCUCUUUAACUACUUUUUUUUUUAAUCUUUUCAUUUUUAUUGUCUUAAUAAUAAUUAUUAUCAUUACUAUCAUUAUUAUUUUUAUUAUUAUCAUUAUUACUAUUAUUAUAAUUAUUAAUUACUGACGUCAGCACCGUUUAACAAUCGGUGUUUUCACAGCAAAAAAAAAAAAAAAAAUCGGACUAAAGACGCUCAGCGAACAACCGUACGACUGACAAAAAUGUAUCAUAUUUAAUAUUUUUUUUAACCCCCCACGCCUCUAAAUUUUUUCGAUUUGUGAACGAAAAAAAAAAAUUCCAAGUAACGUUCGCAUUUAAUUUCUCUCGCUCGGUCCAAAGGAACGAAUUUUGUUUUUUUUUUCGAGAAAAAUUUAAUUUUUUUUAAAAAUGAAAAACAUUUUUUUUGCCUUGAAAAGAGAAAUUUUUUUUUUUUGAUUCUAAAUUGUAAUUGGCAUAAUUUUCAAUUUAAAUUAAUUUUUUUUUAUUUUUAGAGCAUUUUUUCUGUAAUUGUCAAAUAUUGUUUUGUUUUAAUUUUAUGAUAAAAAUUCAGUUAAUAUUUGGCGAAAUUUUUUCAAACAUGUGUUUCCAAUCUAUGUUGCGUCGGUAAAGUAGAUGGCGAUAAAAAAAAAAAUCUUUAGUGGCGCCAUCUGUGUGUGUGUGUCUACUUUAUCGACGAUUUACCGAUAGUUUACAAUUUUUUUUUUCAAUGGCAAAAAAAACAAAAAUUAUAAUACGGAGAUUAUUAUUCAAUUUUAUCGUCGUUGUAAUUUUUAUCGAAGUAACAAAAAAGAAGGAAAAAAUUUCUCGAAACUUUGUUUCUCUUUAGAAUGAUAGAAAAAUUAUUUAAGAUGCAUGAAAGAUGUGUGCGUGUCUUUUUUUUUAAUGUUAUUUUUAGGCAAAUAUUUGAAAAUAAUUUAUUUUUUAGAAACAAAUUAUUCGAAAUUUUUUGACUAAUUUAUUUUUUUAGGUAUUUUUUUCAAUUUUGAAAGUACGAAAAAAAACUGUGCCAUAAGUCAAAUUUUAACCUCGACUUUGGCAAUUAUCGACAAAGAAGAGCGUUUUCGAGAGACUCGAUUAUUAUUACUAUUAUUAUUACUAUUAUUAAUAUUAUUACUAUUAUUACUAUUAAUAUUAUUAUUAUUAUUAUCAUUAUUAUAAUUAUUAUUUAUUAUUAGUUUGGUUUAUUAAGUUUUAAAUUUCGUUUUAAUUUUAAUUAAAAUUUUUCUACAGAAUUCUACUUUACCGACACAACAUAAAUUGGAAAAAAAAUUUUUUUUCGAAAACAAAAUUUAUCAACAUGUUUUGUAAUUGUUCACUUGUCAAAUUUAGAAAACAAUUUGAAUUUUUCAAUUUUAUUUAUAUCGAUAAAAAUUAUUCAUAUUCAAAGUUGUGAGGUGGAGAAAAAAAAAAUCUUUAAAAGAAAAUUACAAUUUUCCUAUAUUAAACCUGUAAAUAUUUAAUAAUAAUACUAAAAAAAAACAUAUUUUUGAAAGAGAAAAUUGUCAAAAGUUUUUUAAAAAGAUUGCAUUAAAAAAAAUAAUUGUAGCGUUAUUUUUUUUCUCAAAAAAAAAAAAAAAUCGAAUCUCUUGAAAAACGUUAAAAAAAAAUAUUAAACGACAUAUCGACUUUCAAAUCAAUAGAUAAAAAAAAUUUUUAAUUUUUAGCCAACGUGUAUUUGGAUCAAUUAUUAAAAAAAUUAUUCCUUUUUUUCUCGAAUGAAUGAGAUUUUCCAAUUUAUAAAAAAGAGAGUUAAGGCAUGACAAUUAUAUCGAAACGAAAAACGAUAUAAAAAAUUUUUUCCGCCAUAAAAAAGAAAGAGAAACAAAAUUUUGUUCUUUUAUUUUUUAUGAAAGUAAUUAAUAAAAAUGUGAAAGUGGAUUAUUUUUUUGAGAUUAAAUUUAAAAAAAAAAAAUACAAAAUCAGUGCAAAUGAUUUAACGCUGAUUUAAUAAAAUAUUAAUAAUAAUAAUAAUUUAGUCACUAAUGUUAAGUAAUUUUUUUUUAAUCAAUAUUUUUUUCUUGUUGAAUGGAAUUUAAAAAUUAGUAAAAAAAAAUAACGAAAUUUACAUGGAAUGGAAUUUAAAUAAAAAAAAAAUUGUAGCUUGUGCUUGAUAUUUAUAUUUUUAAAGAAAAAAAAAAAAAAAACAUUAGCGCUCGAAUUUGUGAAAAUAUAAUAAAAUUAGAGUGAGAGUGAGUGAGAAAAAAACGCAAGGCGUCGAGAGAAUGAUAAAAUGGCAAAUAAAAUUUGCAAAUUAAAAAAAAAUUCAAAUAAUAAUAAAUUAAUAAAUAAAUAAAUAAAGCACGAGUCUAGUGCGCAGUUCGUUGUAUGUUGCAGUAAAUUGCGCUUUUCGAUAAUAAUAAUAAUAAUAAAACAAAAAAAAAUAUUAUA